AUGAAAGGCAAGGAUAAAGACAAGAAGCCCAGGAUAACAAAGGAACAGCUGAAACACGAGGAGAGUAUAGCACACGUUCCCAUUGAGAACAUGUUCUUCAAGGAUCUUCCUCCAACGUUUGUGUCUGUUGUUGGACCUCCAAGCAGUGGGAAGAGCACAUUGGUAAGAUCGAUGGUGAAGUAUUUCACACAGAAGCUUGUAGAUAAGAUUGUUGGGCCGGUGACUGUCUCAUGUGCAAAGAUGCGAAGGAUUACGAUGUUUGAGCCGAAAACAGACAUUCACCAGUUUAUUGAUGUAUCUAAGAUAUCUGAUGCGGUUGUAUUUGUGAUUGAUGCAUCAGUUGGACUGGAGAUGGAGACGUUUGAAUUUCUGACACUGCUGAUUUCACAUGGACUUUCGAAGAUUAUGUGUGUAGUUACACAUGUGGAUAGAAAGACCAAUCCGAAGCACUUGAAGUCGAUGAAGAAGAGAAUAUGGGCGGAGAUAUGUCCUGGGAUCAAAUUUUUCAAUGUUGGAAGUGUGGAUUCUAGAAUUUACAGCGAUAAUGACGUGACUAGUUUAUGCAGGAUGCUUGGAGUGAUGAAGUGCAGACCGAUUGAGUGGAAAUGCACGCACCCGCAUGUGAUUGUGGACCGGAUAGACGAUGAGUUUGUGUAUGGAUAUGUAAGAGGAGGGAUGAUUCAGAGCAGAACGGAUGUAUAUGUUCCAGGACUUGGAGAUAACAUGAUGGAGGAAGUGGAGGUAUUGACUGAUCCAGUUCCAGUGUAUGGAGAAAAAAGACUCUCAUUAAGGUCAAGGAUAUUGUAUUCGCCGAUGUCUGGGAUUGGCACAAGCGAUGAAGUGAUGCCGAGAAUAGAAGGACUGCACAGAGAAUCUGAUGAUGAGGAUAUUCAGCUGUUUAAUGGAGGAGAAGUGCUUGCAGAUGAUGUGAAUGAUGUGAAUGAACAGAUGAAAGAAGAAAAUAUUGAUUGUGUGAAAGAGUACGAUGCUCAAGAGUCGGAAGAGUCAGAACAAUCUGAUGAGAUGGGAUUUGAAGGACUGCUGAAAGCUAUCUCAGGAAGGUUUCAGAAGGAUGCAGUUACUGAAGAAGAUCUUAUUGAGAAGUUUAAUGAAAAGUAUGAGGAGAAAGAGAAGGAUCAAGGUAAUUUUUUACUGAAGGAGAAAAGAAGGCUUGAGAGUGAGUAUCACAAGAAUGAAGAGAUGAUGGUUCCAGGAAUGGUGUUUCCAGGAAAGUAUGUGAAGAUCAGAUUGAUGCAGCAUGUGCCUAAGGAUGUUGACAAGGGCAAGGCGAUUAUUCUUGGAAGUGUCCUUGUGUCUGAGAAGGAAAAAAGUAUGAUACAAGGAAAGAUCAAGAGAUAUAAAUGGUAUAAGAAGAUUCUGAAGAGUAAUGAGCCUGUUAUAUUUUCUGUUGGAUGGAGGAGGUUUCAGAGUAUUCCAGUGUUUAGUAUGAAGGAUGCAACUAGGAAUAGGAUGAUUAAGUAUACACCGGAAUCAAUGCAUUGUAAUGUAUCUUUCUAUGGACAUGUGGUUCCGGCAGGGACGGGUUUCAGCGUGUAUAGUGAAAAAGGGAAUUUUAAGGUUUUGGCGUCUGGGACGGUGACUGAUGUGAACGGAAAGGUUGAGCUGGUGAAGAAGCUGAAGCUGAUCGGAUAUCCAAAACGAAUUAUUCAGAAUACGGUGUUUGUUGUGGGCAUGUUUACAUCUGAUCUCGAAGUUUUGAAGUUCCAAGGAGCAAGCCUAAAGGCAGUGAGUGGACUUCGAGGGCAGUUGAAGGGACCUCAUGGCAAAGAUGGGGAAUACAGAGCCACAUUUGAAGGGGCAAUGUUGAUGAGUGACAUAAUAGCAUUGAGAUGCUUUGUACCGGUUGAUAUCCACAAGAUUUUGAUUCCAGUUGAGAAUCUUAUGGGAAGCUGGAAUGGGCUUAGAAGGUUGCAUGAAAUUCGACAAAGUCUAGGAAUGAAAUAUGAUGAUGAAGAGAGUUUUGAGGAGAAUGAAAGUGAAAGCUGUGUUGAUACUGAUGAUGGUAUUAGCCUUCCAUCUGAUAUUGAGAAUGAACUCCCGUUGAAUAAGAGAAAGAUAGCGGUGGUUUCAAAAAGAAUAAUGCUGCCGAUAGCGCCUGAUAGUAAGAAUGAGUAUGAGAUGAGAGAAAGGAUAAUUAAAGAAAGAAUAAAGAAGAGUAAGGAGGACGAGAAGAGCAAAGCGGUUCGUGAGAUGAAGAAACGGGAGGAAAGAGAGAAGAUGGAGAAGGAGAAGGAGACAAGGAUUAAGAAAGUUAUACAGGAGAAUUACAAAGAAUCGCAGAGGAAGUUUAGAAAACAAAGAUAG